AUGGCUCCGGGAAACGUAGCGGCUGCUCUGUUGCGGUUGGCGUUCGGCGUGCUGGUGCUGGUACCAUGGCAAUGCCAGGCAACCGAUCACCUGCCAACCGAUGGUAACUACGACGGUCUGCUGCCGAUUACCAUCAUCCACACGAACGAUUUCCAUGCCAGGUUCGAGGAAACGACGACGAGUUCCGGUAUCUGCAAACCGACCGAUCAAGCGGCGGGCCGGUGUGUGGCCGGACUGGCGCGUGUCUUCUCCGCCGUGAAGCAGUUGAAGCAGGACUAUGCGACGAAAAAUCCGAUCUACCUGAAUGCCGGCGAUAACUACCAGGGGACGCUCUGGUAUACGCUGCUCCGCGCUAACGUGACAGGCGAUCUGCUGAAGGAUCUUCCACCGGAUGUGAUGACGCUCGGCAACCACGAGUUUGAUCAUUCGCCCAUCGGGUUGGCACCCUUCCUGAAGCAGAUGCAGUCGGUCGGCGUGAAGACGGUGUCGGCCAAUCUGAUCCGAAACAUGGAACCCGCACUGGAGGGAGUGGAGAUCCGGCGGUCCGUUGUUAUCCAUCGAUCAAAGCGCCCAGGUUCGAAACCGCUGAGCGUGGGAAUCAUCGGUGUAACGCACGACCUAACACAUCUAGAAACAUUGACCGGUAAGGUGACGUUCUCGAACUGCAGUGAAGCGGUAUUGCGGGAAGCGAAGCAUCUGCACCGUGAACGAGUCAAGCGGAUCAUCGUUCUGUCGCAUUGCGGGUUGGAUAUCGAUCGCAUAACGGCUGAGCUGGCGGGCAGAUACAUUGACGUUAUCGUCGGUGGCCAUACCCAUUCGUUCCUGUUUCCACCGAACUCAACUCAACCGCGUGAUCCUGCGGAAGUCGUCGUAGGAGAUUAUCCGGUCGAGGUGACCAAUUCCGAAGGCCACAAGGUUCUUAUAACGCAAGCUUACGCCUUUGGGAAGUACGUUGGCCGUCUGACCGUGUACUUCGAUGGAAGCGGUCGCGUCAAGUACUGGGAUGGCUAUCCGGUGUACAUGAGCAAUGCGAUGCCCCAGGAUCCGGCAACGCUUCAGCGCCUGGUACCGUGGCGUGCCGAGGUAGACCGUAUUGGCUCGCAGAAGAUCGGUACGACCGCGAUCCUGGUGAACCACGCCAACUGUCGAUUGGGCGAGUGUACCGCCGGUUCACUGGUGGCCGAUUCGUUCAGUGCGUACUACACCAAUGCCACUUCACGGCCGGUCAGCUUCAUCCAUGCCGGUAACUUCCGCGCAUCGAUCCCGAUCGGUGACGUAACGAACGGACAGGCCAUCGCCGUGGCACCGUUCGGUAAUACCGUCGAUCUAAUCCAACUAUCCGGGGAAGCUCUGCGCAUGUGUCUCGAGCAUUCGUGGACCUUCGAUUCGGAGCGACGUUUUAACGUGGCGCAAGUGUCCGGUAUCCGGUACACGCUGAAUCUAAGCAAUGCACCGUAUCAACGUGUUACCGCGGUCACCAUCGUUGAUCCACUGGAUGGGCAGUACAAACCGCUCGAGGCGACCAAACUGUACAGCGUGGCCACGCUUUCCUAUCUGAUGCAGGGACUGAACGGUUUCCGGUGGAUGCUCGAGGGUACGAACCGUCAGAUUGGACCCCUUGAUUCGGACGUCCUGAUCGCGCACAUCAGUCGCCUCGGUGAGGUCAACGCUAGCAAUCUACCGGGCGGGCGUAUCAGUGUAUCGGGGACGGCGGCUUAG